CCCAUUAUUAUGUUUAGAGAGAGAAAGACAAAGCACGGGAGAUGAAGAGAGAAAACACAGCUCUGAAUCUCCAUUAAUGGUGGAAUUUGCAAAAGGAACUCCCUGUUAAAUACAGCCCUGAGCUUCAUUAAAAGAAGCUUCUUUACAGCGGGGCUUCUUCUUUGAGAGCUACUCCGAGCUUCUUUAAUGGCGGAUUUGCAGAGGAAGCACUGAAACAUAGGCAAGGACUGCAUUGCGGAGAAGCUGAGCUCUGUUAAUGGCGGAUUUGCAGAGGAAUCUCUGAACAGAGGGGACCAAUCUUACUCUUUUGCGGAGAAAUGCAUUGAGUUUUGUAAGAACAACUCGGAGCUUCAUUAAUGGCGGAUUUGCACGGGAAGCUUUGAACAGAAAGGACCACUCUCACCUUUUUUGCAGAGAAAUGAAUUGGGUAUGGUAAGAACAGCUUGGAGCUUCACUAAUGGCGGAUUUGCAGAGGAAUCUCUGAUCAUAGGAGCGAAAAUAUCGAUUUUUUGUGGAGAAAAACUGACGGGUUUUAUAUAACAACUUGGGGCGCUCCGUUAAUAGUUGAUUAUUCAAGAAAUAUCUGAAACAAUGGUGAAAUUUUCGCAGAGAAAUGAGUUGGGUUUUCUCAGAAAGCAAGCAAAGCUUAAUCUCAAGCUUCAUCCCUCCUAGCCCACCUCCUCAACGAGUGGUCUUUCAUGGCUUCCUCCACCAAAACCAGUUGAACCCAUCUCCUUAUAACUUCCAAAACGAAACAUCAACCAACAAAAUAAGCCCUGCUGUUAUCUUCAUUAUAGUCAUUUUAGCAGCGAUUUUCUUGUUCUCUGGCUUGCUCCACCUCCUCGUUCGAUUUCUCUUUCUCUAUCUCAGAACCUAAAUAUGGGUUCCCUGCACUUUCCCCUUUGUCUCCCGUGCUUUCUCUCUGUCUCUCUCUCUCUCCCCCUAAAAUGGGUUGGAUCCCGUGCCUUCUAUUUUGUGACAACUUGAGUGAAUGAAUAUCAGCCCUCCAUUUUAAAUCAACGGUUACAAUAUUCAAUUUAAUUGUUUAAAGGUGCAAACGGCGCCCUAUUACGAAAGACCCAUUUUGUGAGGAGCUCCAUUUUAGGGUUCUCUCUGAUUCCCGCCAAGCAUCUCCAUAACCAACCAGGAUGGGAGACGAGGAAGAAGUACCAAGAGACGCGAAGAUUGUGAAGACCCUUCUUAAAUCCAUGGGGGUUGAAAACUAUGAGCCUAGGGUUUUGCACCAGUUCCUUGAGCUCUGGUACAGAUACGCAGUCGAUGUUUUGACAGAGGCCCAGGUGUAUUCGGAUCAUGCAGGAAAGCCUGCAAUUGAUUCUGAGGAUGUGAAAUUGGCUGCUCAGUUGAAGCUCAAUUACUCUUUUUCGCAGCCGCCACCUCGAGAGAUAUUGCUGGAGCUGGCCAGAAAUCGGAACAAGGUUCCUCUCCCAAAGUCCAUAGCAGGCCCCGGUGUUCCACUACCCCCCGAACAAGACACCUUGAUCGCUCCCAACUAUCAACUUGCACUCCCAAGGAGGUCAACAAACCAAGCUACUGAAGAGGUUGAAGAAGAUGAGGAACCCAACAAAACCGAACCAAACCAAUCAACUGAGCAAAAGCCUGACCAGUCUCAACCUCCCCAAAGGGUCUCCUUCCCCCUUGCUGCAAAACGCCCGACAUGACUCUCUCACUAGAUUUGCAUCAACAUGCCAGAUUUUCCUGUGACUUUUCUUUGUUUCGAGAAUGAAGGGGAAGAAGAGAGAAUUGGUGACCCAUUACAAGCAUUUGCAAGGAAUUUGAUGAUAGAAGAAUGGGCAGUUUAUAUUUUUGUGCUGAUUGAAAUAUGUGAGUGAUAAUAUUGAAUGCAGUCUUGUUAUAGCCUUGCAUCUCUCUCUCUCUCUCUCUCUCUCUCUCUCAAGCUAAUUGGAGUUUGCUUUACCAAGUUUCAAAAAAUAACAAAAAAGGAGUUUGCUUUGGUUGGACAUGCUGCAAUUAAAAGUUACAAAGUAGAAGAGUGUCAUAAAUCAGAUUACAACGACCCAAUAAGGCCGGGGUUACUGGUGGUAUAACUUAUUCAACAGGGAUUGUAUACAAUAAGACAGUUUCAUCAUAUACUGGUGGUCUCUAAGUUACUGUAGUUCAAUUUGUUUACACAUAAUUUAUGGGAUCGCUCUCUCUUGGGCUAUUGUGUUGAA